AUGAGAAGAGUACCCAAUAGGUGUGCACCAGAAACUCUUCGUCGACAAGAAUUUUCAUCAUCAACUGAUGUUUGGAUGUUUGCUGUGACAGUUUGGGAAAUGUUUACUUUCGGUAUUGAAAAUCCUUGGUCUGGUCUUUCUGUACAAGAGAUUUUAAAAUCAUUAGAAGAACGUGGUGAACGUCUUCGAUGUCCUGAAUAUUGUCCUCCAUCAAUCUAUUCUCUUUUAUUAUUAUGUUGGUCAUUAAAUUCAAAUGAUCGACCUAAAUUUAGUAAAAUAAAUUCUCGUUUAAAUCAAUGUCGUCCAAUACAAUAUCGAGUUACACGUGAUAAUAAACAAAUAAAUCAACUAACAUUACUACGUGGUGAUACUGUUAGUGUUUUUGAUUCAAGUGUUGAUAAACCAAUAUGGCAAGGACAAAAUCAUCGAACACAAAAAGUUGGCUUUUUUCCAAGGAUUUGUCUUUCAUCAACAACAACAAAUACAAAUGAAAAAAUAAGUUGGCCUGUUCGAGGAAGUUUUAUUCAUACUGGUCAUAGUGAUGGAACUGGACAAGGACCUUCAUGGGGGAAAAUAGAUAAAAUUGACGAAACUAUUUUAAGUAAUCCAAUAGUCACACCAGUCGAUACGAAUGAAAGAAAUGAAAAUGUACAAAUUGUAUCAAAUGUUCUUCAAUUAAAUGGAUCAAAGAAAGAUACACCAAUAAUAACUCGAGCACCACCACCAAUUCCAAAAACUUCACCAAAAAUAGUGAACGAUUUACUUUCGAUUGAUUUUAAUAGUUCAUCAUCAGGAACAGAAACAAGAACAGGAAAAUCUUCAACUAAAAUUGAUCAAAAUAAUUCAGUUACACAAUUAACAACAAAUAAUCGAUCAACAAUAAUUGAAAGUUCUCAUCGAUCAUCAUCAUCAACAUCAUUAAUAUCAACACCAUCAUUUCAUAAUCGACAAAAAUUUUCAAAUAAUACAAUUGAUUCACAAAAAUUUAUUGAAAAAGUAGUAACAGGUGUUACUGAACAAUUAAAAAAUGAUUUUCCAAGAUUGAAUUCAGCAAAAAAAGAAUUUUCUCCACCAGUUGUUCGCAAAUUUACUAUACCUUAUCAAUCAGAUCAAUCUUCAUAUUAUAACCUUCAACGCCAUGAAUAA